AUCUGAAUGCUCAACAAGCAAAAUAGAUAGCAAUUAUAUAUUUUUGUGGAUUUAUAUGUAAAACCGCAGUGGCUCGUAAUUAUUUGCUGGCUUUUAGACAAGUAAUAUAGAAACUCGGCCACACCCAAGUAUUGCAUAAGGUGGUUAAAUAUUUUGCUUUGGUGCCUAGUGACACCUCUGUAAUUUAAAAUGGGUAUUUAAAGCGUCUUCUCCUUCAAGAAUUCUUAUUCAAGUGGAGAAUUCUUAUUUGAAGUCUUCUGCAGACACGACUCCUUAGUACGCUAAACACAUUACUGAGAAAGCACAUUACAUUUUACACCAGUGUGUUUGAACACAUUCAAAAUGAUGGAUUCUGAAAUUUCGAUCAUGUUUCAGUGUCCAUCAUCUCAAGGCCUGACAGAAGAGCAAGUCCAUGUUGAUCUUUCACCCAGGUAUAAUCGCUGCCGACUGCCUCAGUAUGAGCCACAGAUUGAGGUGAUUUGGCAGCAGAAGUGUUCGGAGAAGCCAUGGUUGUUCAAUGGCUCCAAGUUCAGGAUCCACUCUGUUUCCCUUGAGCGAGGGAUAUUGUACAUUCGCUUGGGUCUAACCUGCUAUCGGGACUUUAUUGCUACCAAUUGGGCCUUAGAAGCACCAUCUCUACAACAGCAAGGUUUAAAGGAUCUUGGAAAUUCACAGGCUUAUUUGGCAGAGCCACUGGGUGUAGGCGCCAUGCUCCAUACUAUAGAUGACAAGUUUGUUUUUCUCAGACGCAGUCAACAAGUUGGUGAGGCACCAGGCCAGAUUGACAUUCCUGGUGGGCAUCCAGAACCUAAGGCAGUUGCACAAGGCAUUCCAGAGGAAGCAAUCCACUUGGAACAUCUUUCUCAAGAUCUUGUUGUGAAGGAGUUGUUUUUCUCUGUGAUGGCAGAAAUCAGAGAUGAGGUAAACAUUCCCCUGAAUUUCCUGAAGAAGCCUAUUCUAAUGGGUAUAGCACGCAAUAAUACCAGUGCUGGUCGUGCCAGUGCUGAAUUUUAUAUCAGGUGUGCUCUCACAGCAGAAGAGGUGAAUCGAUUUUAUUGGGAAGGAGGACCAGAGGCUCAAGAAUCUACAAAUAUCAUCUUUCUUAAAAGGGAGGCAAUUCUACGACUGGAGAAUACCCCGAUGUGGUCUGAACUAUGUCCAUCCGCAAAGGGAGCUGUGAAACUUUACAAUCUAGUUCAGCCAUCACCAAGAGACUGAGCAGAAGAAUUUGCAGAGACCUUUCAGAAGGACAAUUUACUGAAAAUCUUGAAAUAUCUGUGUUUGCGGUGGAGACAUGAUGUUUUUUAACAUCAGUUUUCAAAAAUGCAUUAUUCUGCAGUUCUCCAGAAUUAAGCAUACAACUGUAACUGUAAUAUACAUCUCAAUUAUAGAUUAAUUUAUUUUUUUUAAAUUAACAAUGCAAUUCUCGUUUGCACAAGACUAUUCUGAGUAAAAACCCUGGGAAUUGGGGAAUCUAUGUUUUGUUUAUGGUUUGUUAGAAUUCUGUUAUAAAUCUGACUUAAUGAAAAGUGAACACUGCAAAUUAAGUUUAAGACCUCGCCAUAACAAGAAGCAAAUGAUUCAAGUAAAAAGGUAUUUAGAGAUCCAAGUGACAUUCCAUGUUUAAUAUAAUCAGUCAGUCACACAUUGCCUCCUAAUAUGAAUGUUUAAAAGUACAUGUUUAAUGUUAUUUUAUAUAUUUUAAUAUUUCUUAAACUUUCCUAAUCUAUGGAGUGGUGGAUGGUAGAAAUCCAUCCAGUCUGUUAAUUUUUAUAUUCUGCGCAACUCGGAAUUCUCAUGCCAAAGAGUUUAAAAUAAAAGUAAAAUCUGGGAACCUUGUUUAAAAGACUGUAAUAUGAUAAGUGGGUUUAGAAAAUGGGUGGAUGGGUAACUUGAAUUGGUAGAUCACUGUAUCUGUCCUUAAUCUGAAUGUGUUUAUUCCAGUUCAAGAUCACAGGAAGCCAGAGCCUACCUGUGGUUGAACAGUACUGUGUGCACUGACAAAAAUAUUUAUUAUGCUUGAGCUUUUACUAAAUAUCAAUUCAGUCAUUUUGUGUGUUUAUAUAAAUAAUUAUGAACAAAAUAUUAUCCACCAAGCUAACUAGGGCAUCGACACCAAGAAGUAGACUUGCAAGAUUUUGCCUUGAAUUUAUUAUAAAAAGAUUGUAUUAUAAAUAUACAGUAUAAGAACUGUGUAUUUCAUCAUUACAGCACAGUGCAUUUUAUUAAUAAUGACUGUGAGUGUUUUUGACUGUUUAAUAAUGUUCUGCAUUCUCCAUCUACUGUAACAGAAUACUGUUUAUUUUCAAUCGUUUCAUUUAUUGUCAUGUAUAUACUGUAUAUUCAUUUUUUUAUAAUUAUUUAAUAUUUUUAUGGGCCUUUUCAAUAUUGUACAUUUUCAGGAAAUAUCUUCCAUGAUGAUAUUUAAGCUAUCCUGAAAUAAAUAAAUAUAUCCAACAUAUAA